GAGUUUCUGGAUGACAGUGACCUUGACAUUCGCAAGGAUAUCAAGAGUCCUUUGAUGUGAAUCAUUUCACUUUUAAUAUCUGUGCCAUAUAUUCUUCAGCAUUUUCUGCCCUCCGUUCACGUGUGAACAUGAGUUUUCAUUGACGUGAUUCCUCGUAGCUGGUACAGAAAUGAUACAUCAUCGAAUCGUUCAGUUGUGCCAAGCAUCCGGUCAGCUACACAUUUCGUCCUUGAAUAUAACUGAUCAGUUGAGUUUCACGAGAAGGCUAUUGAUGUACGGGUUUUUCACGUGAAACCAAUCGUGUUUGCAUCUACCUCCUGUGAGGAGCGCGUCACUGGAACUAGCUGCACGCGCCCAAGCUUUAAUAAUCGACGAUCAUUUGAGUUUCACGAGACUCAAACAAGUCGGUGUUAGUUCAUAACAAGUACGUUUAUAUUCACGUGAAACAAGUUUGUGCAAGUUGCUUCUCGCUUCGCGGGACUUUUAUCAAGACAACCUUGACUACGGAUUACACCUCUUAAGUUCACAAUCAAAGUGAUAUAUCAUGUCGCUGAACGGACCGAACGUGAAAGACGAGGAAGAUACGAAGUUCACUAAGCUGUUCGUAGGAGGAAUUCCUUACCAUACACCGGACGAAACUUUAAGGGAGUACUUUGAACAGUUUGAUGACAUUGUGGAAGCUGUAAUCAUCCGUGAAAGAAACAGUCAGAGAUCCAAAGGAUACGGAUUUGUUACCAUGGCCACUAAGGAGGGAGCUGAAAGAGCGUGCGUAAACAAAAGACCGAUCAUCGACGGUAGGCGGGCCAAUGUCGACCUGGCGUAUCUUGGUGCAAAGCCCAAACCAACCAAAGUACCUCAGAGAGACGACGCUGCCAGCCCAGAAAGUAACGGUACUCCUGUCUCGCCUACAAACUCUGAAGCUCCCACAGACAGUGGAGCAGACUGGGCUCCCGAAGAGUUCAGUCUCAAGUUCACGAACCCCCAAGGUUGCAAUGUUGGCUAUAGGUAUGACACAGGACAUCCAUCCCCUCCAGCACCGAUAAUGAUCCAUCCAUCCAAGGUUAAACCCGUGAGGGUGAGUAGCAUGCAGACCUACAAUUCCAAUGUGCCAAUGAUGAACAACAUGGCGUACUACGCAGGAAGUAUUCCACCUUACUCUUCAGCAGCUAAUGCAGGCUUAGUUGACCCCAAAUACAUGGAUCCCUCCACUGUCGGCUUAGUCACCUAUGUCCCUCAAGUACCUGUGACACCUGCUCCACAAAAUUCGCAAAGUCUCAAUAUGCAAUGUCUGCCACAGUACAACCAUGUUCCACAGCAACCAUCGACGACGAAGCUGAUCCCAAACCCCCGCUAUGUUUACACCAUGCCAGUGUGGUAUGUGGAUCAGGGAAGAAUCUGUGGUGGGCCAGUCAGUUUGGAGCCUGUGAGCAACUACUCUCAAGUACCUUUCAACUCCAGUAUAGAUGGAAGUAGCGCCUUCUCCACUUGCAAAAUGUAUCCCAUCGCAACUUAUUACUGACAUGUUUAAGUUGAAUUCACAUCAUCUUCUGGACGAAACAUACUCUUUCUACAAGUUAUCAUGGACUCAGUGUUAGCAAAAUCAUGAACCCACUGUAUAUUCUGCCUGUUAACCGAUAUCCCAGGAAGUUUUUUAUCAUUAUAAUUAUUUUCAUAAUUUUUUUUCUGUUCUUCGAAUCUGACCUAAUCAGACUAUAGUAAUUUUUUACACCUGUUCCUAUAUGCAUGAGGUAAUACUGUUUUCUCCCCUGGGUAUACACUGAUAUGUUAUUCCAUUUAUUGUAGAAAGGGACUGCCUCCGAGUACAUCAGGUCGCGGUUGUUCGAAGGAUGGAUAACGCUAUACACUGGAUAAAUCUCUAUCCGGUGGAUAGCGCAGUACGUUUUGGUAACACUUAUUCGCUGGAUCGCGAUUUAUCCGUUGGAUAGCGUUAUCCGCCCUUUGAACAACCGGAGCCAGGGCUAUAUAGCCAUGUAAAUUCCCACGUAAAAUUAAAUUAAUCAAAACCAAGUAACUGCUGUUUAAAAACAGCCUUUAUUUAGGACAACUUAACUUAGGUAUGAGUAUGUCACUUGAACCAGUUCAAGCUACCAAGAAAGUACCUUCGUGACAGUGUACUGUAUCAGUAUGUUAGAUCCGUAACUUUAAACGAUCAUUGACAAGAGUAAUUGUACCGAUAAGUUUAUACGCAGGCGUAUCAACUAAAUGAAAAGAUGAAUUGUUAUUUACAUAUUCUAAUAACGCUGUAGAUAUUAUAGAAAUAGUCUCAUUUUUGUAAUGUACGAUCUAUAGCUUCCAUUCAUAGCAAUUGAAUAGGUAAAUUUAGAUUUAAUUGAAGUCGCCUGUUAAUUUGAUUGAAACAUCGGAAAUAACUCAGUCAAACCCAUCAGUUUAUUUUAGAAUAAAUAUUUCCAUCUGGUUAAA